CGCAUCAUCUUUAAACAACAUGGAGUUCGUGUUCGCCGCUUUGGCUUCUUGACAGCUACGUUUGCCUCUUGUUUCACCGUUAACGAUGCCGUUCGGUGUGAAACCGAUGUGCGCAACAUGCAAGACUACCGUUUCUUCCAUGUGGCGGAAGAACGAGAAGGGCGACGUCAUGUGCAAUUCGUGCGCGCUGCGCGGACACACGGCGUCGACGGAACCUGAGCAGUCAGCUGCUAAGGAGACGAACGGGAACGGCUGCCCUUUCACGUUGCGCAAAAGUACCAGAGCAAAGAGCUCCAAAUUGAGGCAGCAGCAGCAGCAGGCAAAGACAGCGGCACCUAAAGGAAAAGGUCGUCGGGCAAUUUUCAAAAGAACGCCUUUGAGAGCACCAACUGCUGUAGCAACAUGCGUUACCAGUGAUUACGUGUUUUUUCGGGGCACCUACUACCAGGUGGGGGACAUUGUGGCCCUGAUGGAUGAGAACGACGACACCUACUAUGCUCAAAUUCGAGGCCUGCUGCAAGACCAGUAUUGCGAGAAAAGUGCAGUCAUCACGUGGCUGCUUCCUACUUCGGAGAGCCCCAUGGACCACUUCGACCCUUCCACCUAUAUUCUGGGACCAGAGGAGGACAUUCCUCGGAAGUUGGACUACAUGGAGUUUGUUUGCCAUGCUCCUUCUGAGUACUACAAGGCCCGCAAGUCACCGUACCCUCUGCAAAAUCCUCCAGGUCCCGAAUGUGGUUUCAUAUGGACUAGGAUUGGCCCUCAGAUCAGGCCCAUUCCCACCCAGGAGGAAGUGUUUGGAACAGUGUAGGUGAACGUUCAUGACAGGCGUGUUUGGCUGUGUUGCUGGAGACAUCAGCAAGAUGUUAGAUCUGACUGAACAGUGUUUCAUGUUUUCUGUUUUUUUUUUUUUUUUUUUUUUUCCAUGUGCCCAGUGCUUCAGUGAACGACAUUAUGCUCGAGUGUUUUGUAUCAAAUUUCUGCCUGAGAUGUUCUUUUGUGUGUAGAUGUAACUGCAUUGAACGAGAAAGCCACAGUGGAGUUGCGACAUGACGAGCCUGUUACGGUGUAAUAGGGUGCAAAAGGAUAUGAAGUAAUGUCAAGAAAAAUCAUCCCGCUGUUACUUCGUAUCAUUUCUCGUCCUUUUACGCCAUGACAAAUAGUAUAAACCAACUAGCCCAGCAACAAGUAGCGAUCCGUAACAAGCUUAGUUGCAGUGCCAUUAGUAGGAACUUUGCAUUGUUUAGUGCAUACUACUGCUGAAGUCACAGGAGGAAAAAAAAUAACAAAGUGGGAAACAAAACUGCACAUCAGCAUACAUAUUCGCAACUUUCACACACCAGUGUGUCCUUGAAAUAGCAAUUUAAUUACUGGCCUCUGCGAUAUGGGCAGCUUAUAAAUUUUUAGGCAAAGAAAUAAGUGCCAGCAAAUUGCCUAUAAAUGGCAUUCCAAAUAAUGUGCGACAUGGAAUUAUGUGGAAGAUUUUGGUUUGGUUGUUGAAACAGUGCAAAAAGAAAGUUGUAAGUCGAAUGAGUCGGGAAGAAAACUUCACGCAACUGCUAUUUACAGUCCACUUCACGUAAAAGGAUGCAUCAUGUGAGGUCUGCCUUCAAAAUGCUAAUCGCAUUAUCCCAGCAUCUGAAGUGUGCAGAAAGUACAAUUCCACAAACACCAGAUCUCCAGCAGUCACUGCAUCCCUGUAUUUUUGUCACUUCAGCCCAGAUUUUAUCUGUGUGCGUGUGCACCUGUGUACUCCUCAAAAGCAGAAAAACAGGAAAGAAUUGAAAAGAGAAGCGAUGCUUCUUUUUAAUCACUUUUUAGAGCUCAGUUCUUACGCACUCGUUCCUGCGGCGAGUGUCUGCAUUGUCCACAGUGUAACCGAGCAAACAAGCACAGUGAAAGAUGAGAGCAAAUGCAGAGCACGGCAGUGGAUGAAAAAACUCGGCAAGGUCAAGGAGGCGCACAGAGAAAAACGGAGAGGAGGGUGCAGUGGAAUCAUUAGGCGGAAAGUGGAAGAGGGUAUGGCGAAAGCGUGAGAAGAAAAAGCGUGGUGCGGUGACGACGGCUAUGAGAUAGUGACAAAGUAGUAUGUGUCGUCUAGAAGGUUUUUCAGCGGCAGCUGCUGUGAAUCGCGCGCAUACAUCACCCACACGCUAACUCUCACAAUCUCCAGAUUAGCGAGGCAGUUGCACCACACUUCGCUCCGUUUCUCAUGUGCCACAUGGGACAGAUUGUCUGUGUCAGCCAAUAUAUCGUGAAAUGAAAACAUAUACAGCUGCGUUCAGAUUUUGCAUUAGGGAGAAUUGUAAUCGUUCGUGAGUUUUUUUUACUUUCCACGAGUACUUUGCUGCUAACCAACCUCUUGUCGAAGUCUCCUGCUGGUUCCCCGAGGGAAUGCAACACGCCACAUCAUCUGCAGUUGGACUGCUGCGGAGUCGUUCUUUCCAUUUGGCCACGAGAUGCAAAACCCAAUUCUUUGUUUACCAUAUUUAGCCUUGUAAGGCCUGUCUUCGUGUAACGCCCACAUCCCUACUUUGUAACACAAAAAUUUGGGAGAAAAAGUUUCACUAAGCAUCACACGCAUGCUGGUUAAAUUGUGAAAGCUGCUAAUAGAUGGUACUAGUCCCUGUUCGUUGGCAUUAGUGUCAUCAUCACUGUAAGCUGCCGGAUCAUGAAGCAUAGGUCCAAUGCAUCUCAACAGUACUGCCUGUGCUGCAGUGCAUUGUUCUGCUGCAUUGUGCCUUCUGGCUCGUUCCACUGGUGACAAUAAGUAGGCACCUGACGGCAUAUACUGCAGCCUUCAAGCUCCAGGUGAUUGCAUGGGUAGAAUAUAGUAGAUGUAUGGCUGAGUGUAAGUUUGAAGUGGACAAAAAAUGUAUGUGUUGCUGGUGGCCUCAGAAAGAACUCACCACCACCAACCGAACCGAAAGACAUUUUGAGGUAAACAGUGCAAGUUACCAAGAUUUGAGGAAGAAGUUGCGCUUUAUAUAGCAGUCUUGAGUGCAAUUCGAAGCCUAACAGCCAUAAGCCUGCCUCAUGUAAACUCUGUUAUAAAUUUGGCAGUUUCAUGCUAUGGGUGAGGCAUUGACAGUGGCGGCACGGUUUAGCAUUGGGGUUGAACUCCUUGGAUAGUAUUCUAACCAUAUGUGAGUGCAACAUGUUGGCGUGAUGCAGCAAGAAUGUAACUUUUGUUGGGGAGAGGGAACAGCACCCUGGCAGCUGCCAGGUAUCUCGCAAAGCUGGCGUGAUGAAGAGCACCGCCACUCAAGUUGCAGGCAUCGCACCUCGAUGGUGCACGAGGUGCGACUGAUGAAAAACCGUCAGUGUUAGUGGGUGUUCAGUGAAUCAUUAGAUAAUGUCAUCUUGACAUUUACUGCACGUUUUGCUCAGACCCGUGCACACGCAUAGCGGCUCGGCAAGACUGCUAGUGUGCUUGUGGUUUUGCAUGCGCACGCUGCCAGUGCCGUUCUUCUCUAGAAUGUGCACCUUGGGGCAGUGGCACAGUCGGCUUGAUGUCCGUCGUGCUGUGUAGCCACCACACCACCUUUAAGUUGUGAAAGUUGCGAAUACUGUGGCCUGUACCUCAUGCAAAGGCCUUCUCUAUGGUGCCAAACCUGAUGUGAAAGGUUAUCCCCCCCUGCUUUCUGUCAAAAUCUGCAAUGUAAUUGUUCGUGUUGUUUGCACCCAGGCCAUUUCGUGAGGAAGAGUUAAAGGAGUAUUUUGGAAAUUGUAGAAACUCUACCUGCUGCUUCUUACAACUAAAAGGAUACACUUUGCAAGGGCAAGAUUAGGAAGAUAUUUUGUUGACCUGGUGUCAUAGGGAAAUAAUGACAGAAAGCAAAAUCUGCUGAUGUUGAGUGGAAGUAAGGCACCAUGUUGAUUUUGUUAAAAAAUAAGUUGGAGAGUGCUGCAUGGAUUUCUUCUGGCUGGACUUGUGUACAACAGCUGCACAUUCGUGCGAACAGAACGAGCCAUUGUGUCGUGAUCGUAGGUCGGCAUACUCGUUUGCCAGUACACUGACUCAUACUUGCUACUCUCUCAUUUCACAGGCAUGAGAUAGAGCGUUAGGGAGCGACAAAAGGUGUGAGUGGAUGCAAGUGUAAAUGGGAGUGAGUUCCGGCUAAAGCGAGUGUCAGUGAUGGUGAGUUUGAGUGCGAGUAUGAACGUGGCUGACUCAACGAGUGGGAGUAGGUAUUACUGUGUAUGUGAGUGUCAGUAAGUGUGAUUGGAAGCGACUAUGAAUGUGUGCACAUGAGUAUGAGUGAGUAUCUUAUUCUGCUAACCUAUGAUCACAAAGUCAUGAUACAUCCACUUCUUGGAUACCAGAACAGAAAAUGGUUCAUAGUAACAAGUACAAUAAUAAAUUAUUUAAGGCACUUUAAUGCUUGCCAGUAAUUUUUCUUCCCUUUAGAGAAUUUGGACCAUUUCAUCUGCUGUUGUCACGCUGCAGAAUUGCAUGUCCAGAAAUUUUGUGAAGUGUUGACCAUUUGUAUUUCCUGCUUGCACACCAUCAUCUCAUGCCUUCUAUGCAUAUUGCCUUUCUUGUUGUUGCCAUUCCUUACGUCCGGUAUCGUGUUGUUUUAAUCUGAGAGCAUUACUUGACUCGUUGUGCAACACCGCUGUCAUCAGAAAGCCGUAGCAGAAAAAUGGCACACAGGUGACUUCAUUUUCAUCUAACUAAAAGAAAAAGUGGGCGUGGAGGAUUCAAUCCUUUGCCCCACCACCACUGCUCCAUAGCCGAGUGCGCCAACCACUGCACCAGCAUUUCGUUGUGCCACUGUUGCAACAGGCGGCAGUGAUGAAUAUCUCCGAGGCUGUGCACGUGGUUGGGCUCUGCCUGGCGAGCAAUUCACUAGACGGGGUGUGACAGGAGUAGUGCCACUGUCGGCACUAUGGAGUCUUCAUCAUUUGAAAUUGAAUCACUCACAUCUACAUCAUCAGGAGAGACUCUCUCGGUGAACGCACAAAAUAGGUAGUAGAGACACCUGGGAGACCCUGCUGCGCAGCUCGGACUCUGAGCCCCAGCUCUGGCUCGUCCAACUGGCUGAAGAGGCUACUGGGACCCAAGACCUCCCAGCCUGCAUCUGAGGUGGCGGCACUCGCACCCUGACCUGCGUGUCGGGGGGUGGGUAGAUCACCUUAUCUGUUGGACAAUAAAGUUUAUUCUAUCUAUCUAUCAGGCGAGACAGCAAAGCCUGGCUGGAGGCACCAGUUCACUGCCAACGAAGCACGAAACCAUCACAACACAGUGAAACGUGCGAAGUGAGCUACUGCAGUGAAACAAUGUUCCCCACCCAAGUCGCCGGCAAUGCGAAGGGCAGAGCGAGCGGCUGUGGCACGUUCGGCAACAAGUAAUGCUCUCGCAUUUAUGCAUGUUGAGAAUUGCUCAGCUGCCCCCAUAGUUUUAAUGCAUAAGUGUUCUGGCCUCAUUUGCAUCACUGCUUGGGCAUCAUUGAUUAUUUGUGCCGUAUUAUCGAGAUGAAAUUAAGUUACCUCAUUGUGUUCUUGUAGUUCAUAUCGUGAAUGCAGCUUUUGCAUUGACCUGCAAUAGUUCUUCAAUCAACUAUAAUCCUGACCUUUUUGCCCCCACCAGAUUGGAGCACAGUGCCAUAAUGGCAAUGCAACAAUUUGGCUUGAGCUCACUUGUCAGGAUGAGUUUUUACCGGCAUUACGAAGUCUGCUUUGUAGCAUCGUGCUGUCGUUAGAUGGGAAACGAAAAAUUUCACGCAAGUUUAUUUGGUCAAAACAAACCUUACAAGUUGCCGGCAAUUGGUCACAUGCAUGCACACUGUCACGAUUUCAAGAUUUAGGAAAAGCAUGCACUAAUUAUUAUUACACAACUUGAUCUUGCUUUUAUGCUGCAUAAAAUAUCCUACAUUGUUGCAAAUGUUAGUUGUUGCAAUCGUUACUUUUUGUUUGUGAGUACGCUUAGUGAGAAUUCUGCUGUGCCAUUUUAGUCUUAUAAGUGACGUCCACAUUGCACAGCCCCUCUCUCCUCCCCCACUAAGCGAUGACUCCCUUACAGUAAUAAAAACCAAAAACUUUAUAUCUGAAGGAGGGAAGAGACACAUGUAGGAACUACUACAUUGUGCUACAGCGUGUGAGCAUAAUAUUUUUAUUAAGCACUGUCCGACUUCAAAACCUUGAGGUAGUCAGGUAAUGCGGAAUCUCCGUAAUUGGAACUUUGCAGGAUGGCGUGUUUAAACAUGCCAUAGCCUCAGCAUUUAACUUAAAGGAAAAGUGAGGUUCUGAAUGUUUUCUUUAAAAGAAAAGAAAAGUAAGACAACUUCGUGGCCUAGGAAAGCCAUAUGCUGAAUUUCUCGUUUUCAAACCUUACGGCAUCUUCGGCUGGUCCUUUCGGAAUGCUCUCACGGACAGGGUUGUCUUCAACUGGUCAAAAGAGAGUGCUCACCUUGCAUUCGGCUGGUUCCUUUUGAUCAUGCUCCUUCCACAUCAAGCGCUCUCCCACAACAGCAUGUGAGUGCCAGUUUUCCCUCUACACAAUUAUUUGAAAUUUUAUCCUCAACUGAAAUAAAAGUGUGAAAGGCAUGGAUAAUCACGAGCCAACUCGAAAACAACCAUUAGUAGCAGCUAACCAGAGCAGUGAUGCAAGACAGAGAAUGCCAAAGGCAACCGGUGAUGUCAUGGGCGCCAUUUUUUGGACUCCACGUAUUCUUUUGGUGACGAACAUCUGUACUGUUCUCUUUGUCUUCAGUUUAGCCGGCUUGCCAUGUCGUGACGUUUAUAGGCAUUGAUCUCUUCUUGAACAGGCAUUGUGUUCUGUGGCCACAACUAGGUUAUGUGUCCUAUAUUUUUUGGGCUGACAGUUCACUUGCAAUCAUCUGUUCAAUUUUGAAACAUACUGUGUGUUCUGACUCUUUGGCUGUAAUGAAAUAGUGAACAAUAAAAGGUAGCAACCAACA